GUUAGACCGGGUCAGCCGCGGCUAGACCAUGGUUAGGCACAAUAAUGGCACAUCCAGUAGAGGUAUAGCAACAUACAGAGAACAUAUGUUAUGACUCACGCACAUCCUAUAUUAGCGCAUCCGUCUCCCUUUACCGGUUCACUUUGCUCGAAUGGGCAUGAGGCUUUUUCGUGUGCAUCAGUUGAUGCGUCCUGGGCAGCGUGCGUGGAUUUGACGCAGGCUCAUUUAUGUUUGUGCGCAAAUUCAUCUACCAGGAAAUCUCGGCUACUGGACAUCCAGUCUUUGUAUCUAAUACACAUUCACUGAAUAAGAAACACUCCGCCGUAUACGGUAAUACUUUCCUCAAAUUUGAACUCAUUUUCAGGCAUCAAGAUAUCCGCCAUGUUUACGCGCCUUAUGGCUGGAUUCCCCCCAUUCCGCGAGGAUCUCCGUCGACGUUGCAGUUUCCGGCAGGUACAAACCUCGGCGUUCUAUAUGGUCACACGCUACGACAUGUUGACCACUUACGAAACCGCGUCACUGUUACCCUGUCCGAAGUUCCGGUAUUCUAUGGAUGCUACGCGCCUGCGUGGAAUCGCGACUCGGCUCCGGUCCGGUACUACAACCCGCAUAUGGGCGUGGGCUAUUUACCUGAUGGGCCGUAUGUCAAGGCUUG